UUGGAUUAUGGUGGAAUUGGGAUUAUGAUCACAUUGGGAUUGGGGUGGGGUUGGGAUUGUAUUGAGAUUGGGGGUACAUUGGAAUUAUAUUGGGGUUGGGAUUAGGAAUGGAAUGGGGAUUGGGAUUAUAUUGGGUUGGGAUUGGGAGUAUAUUGGGAUUGGGAGUAUAUUGGGAUUAUAUCGGGAUUGGGAUGGGAUUGGGAUGGGAUUGGGAUUAGGAACGGAAUGGGGAUGGAGAUUUGGAUUAUUUGGGGUUGUGUAGAAUUGGAAUUAGGGAUGGGAUGGGAUUGGGGUUAUAUUGGGAUUGGGGUGGGGUGAGGACUGGAGACAGAGGGAGUCGGGGAUUGGGAUGGGGAUUGGACCUGGGGGUGGGAUGGGAUGGGAUGGAUGGGAUGGGAUUGAGGUGAGGUGGUAUGGGAUGGGAUGGAUGGGAUGGGAUGGGAUGGGAUGGGAUGGAUGGGAUGGGAUUGGGGUAUAUGGGAUGGGAUGGGAUAGAUGGGAUGGGAUGGGAUGGGAUUGGGGUAUAUGAGAUGGGAUGGGAUGGAUGGGAUGGGAUGGGAUGGGAUGGAUGGAUGGGAUGGGAUUGAGGUGAGGUGGUAUGGGUUGGGAUGGGAUGGAUGGAUGGGAUGGGAUUGGAGUAUAUGGGAUGGGAUGGAUGGGAUGGGUGGAUGGGUGGGAUGGGAUUGGAGUAUAUGAGAUGGGAUGGAUGGAUGGGAUGGGAUUGGAGUAUAUGAGAUGGGAUGGAUGGAUGGGAUGGGAUGGGAUGGAUGGGAUGGGAUGGGUGGAUGGAUGGGAUGGGAUUGGAUGGAUGGGAUGGGAUUGGAGUAUAUGAGAUGGGAUGGAUGGAUGGAUGGGAUGGGAUGGGAAGGAUGGGAUGGAUGGGAUGAGCAGUAGGCUGACACGGGGUGAGGGGUGGGAACGGCGACGGGAUGGGGCCGCCGGGGCGACGGUCGGGGUGACGCCCCCUCCACCUUACGGGGGGUCCCACCUCCGCGCUCCCCCCCCGCAGCCCCCCCCAUGGCCCCCCCUCCCCCGCCCCCCCUCCCCUGGGCGCUCGCCCUCCUGGCCUCGCUGUGGGGCGGCGCGGCUCCGUGCCCGUCCGUGUGCCGCUGCGCCGGGGGCCGCGUGUACUGCAACGACCGCGGGCUGACGGCCGUCCCCGAGGGGGUCCCUCCGGGGGCCACCACCCUCUUCCUGCAAAACAACCGCAUCGGCGACGCCGGGAUCCCCCCCCGCCUGGGCCGCCUGCAGGCGCUGCGCGUCCUCUACCUGUACGCCAACGCCCUGGAGCAGCUGCCGCGCCACCUCCCGCCGGCGCUGCGGGAGCUGCACCUGCAGGACAACAACGUGCGCGGGCUGUGCCGCCGGUCCCUGGCGCGGGCGCCGCUGCUGGAGCGGCUGCACCUGGACGACAACUCGGUGUCGGCCGCCGGCAUCGAGGAGGACGCGUUCGCCGAGAGCGGCCGGCUGCGGCUGCUGUUCCUGUCCCGCAACCACCUGAGCAGCGUCCCGCCCGGCCUCCCGCCGGCGCUGGAGGAGCUGCGCCUGGACGACAACCGCAUCCACACCAUCCCGCUGCGCGCCUUCGAGGGGCUGCCGGCGCUGCGCCGCCUGGUGCUGGACGGGAACCUGCUGGCCAACCAGCGCAUGGCGGACGACACGUUCAGCCGCCUCUACAACCUCAGCGAGCUGUCGCUGGGCCGCAACGCUUUGGCCGCUCCGCCGGCCAACCUCCCCCGGGCGCGGCUGCGCCGCUUAUCGCUGGCGGCCAACGCCAUCAGCCACGUGCCGGCCGGCUCCCUGUCGCGGAUGCGGGCGUUGGAGCGCCUGGACCUGUCGGACAACAACCUGACCACGCUGCCCCGGGGGCUGUUCGACGACCUGAGCCGCCUCAGCCACCUGGGGCUGCGCAACAACCCGUGGUUCUGCGGCUGCAACCUGGCCUGGCUGCGGGACUGGGUGCGGCGGCGGGCGGCCGGGGGGCUGGAGGUGCGGGGGCUGCUGUGCCAGGCGCCCGCCCGGCUGCGGGGGCUGCCCGUGGGGGAGCUGCGGGGGGAGAUGGACGCCUGCGGGACCCCCGCGCCCGCCAACGGCGCGCCGGGCGUUGCCGUCGCGUCCGGCGCACGGGGGGCCGGGGGUCAGCCGGGGGUCGGGGGCCAACAUGGGGUCGGGGGCCAGCCGGGCGUCGGGGCUCAGCCGGGGGUCGGCGCUCAGCCGGGCGUCGGGGCUCAGCCGGGGGUCGCGGUCCCGCCGGGGGUCGCGGUCGCUCCGGGCACGGCGGGCGCUCCGGGCGCUGCGAUCCCGCCGGGUGCCGCCGAACCCCCCGCGGCCGUUUCCCCCCCGGGGCUUUGGGUCCAAUCGGCCCCGGGGGGGGCAUUGAGGGUCCGUUGGCCGCCCGCCCCCCCCGGCGCGUCGUUACGGCUCAGUUGGCUGCGGCCCGGGGGGGGGUCCGUCACCGAGACGUUGGUGCGGGGGGAGCGGGGGGAGUACGUGGUGACGGCGCUGCAGCCGUUCGCUCCGUACCGCGUCUGUCUGUCCGUCCUCGACGCCCCCGGCGCUCUGCCCCCCCCGCUUUGUGCUCAGGCGCGGGCCGGGGGGGGCGAUCCGUCGCCCCCCAACUCCGGGACCCCCGCUUCGCCUCACGCGCCCCCCCCGGUUUUCCCUCGGGCGGCGGCGGGGGGGGCGGCGGCGGCGGCGCUGUUGGCGCUGGGGGUGGUGGGGGGGUGUUGGAGGCGGCGGAGGGGCGGGGGGGGGCUGCCCCCGCCUUUGCAUCGCGGGGGGGGGGGGAAGGGGGGAGGGGGGGGCUUGGCGCUCAGACCCCUCCGCCCCCCCCCCGAGGACGGGGGGAUCCGCACGGUGUACCCCCCCCCGCCGCCUCCCCCGCCCCCUCCCGCGGCUCGGGGGUACCGGGGGGGCGCGGUGCCCCAUGGAGUGCUGGGGGGCGGCGGGGGGGGAUCCUGA